AUGUCUGGCUGGGACGCUUACAUCGCUCUUCUCACUGGCCGUUCGCCAGCUAUCAAGCGUGCCGCCAUCAUCGGAACCGAUGGAUCUGUCUGGACUCGUACUGCGGACGCCAACGCUUUCCGGGUCAGUUUACCUUAAAAUGAAGAAUGCGAAACUCCAGUAAUUUAAUUUAGAUCUGUAGGUUGCCUUAUUCAAUGAUGAUUUUGCUUAUCCAGCCAACUAGUAAGACAAUUUUUUUCGAAAACGUAAAAAAACCCAGUUUGAUUUGCCACAAAAGGAGUGCGUAAGCAAAAAUGGACUUGGUAGCUGAGUUGCUCUAGGGUCUUCUAAUGUCCAACAUGAAUUGGAAAGAUAUUUAUUUUAACAGCCUAUAGAGGUCUAUCUUUUUUUUCAAGAUAAAAAGGAUGUAAUCAAUAAGACAGGUAUUUGUCUGUCAGUAAUUCAAAAAGUCCCGUUAUUUCUCAAAACCCGUUUUUUUGAUAGCUGCAUGUUGAUCAAAAACAACUUAAGAACCAAAAAAUAUUUAGAGAGAAAAAUGAUGCAAUUUUUGUUUAUUCUACAACUAAAACAAGUUUUUCUACAGAGCGUGUGAAUUUGCUGCUCAUGGAGGAGAUUCCUUUUUUCCUAUUUAAUAACUUUCAUCGAUCUCUAGUAGAUGUUCUAGACCGUACCAAAAACAGAAACCUUGGCAUUUGCAACAGUGCGCCGCGGAUAACGUCACCGCAUGAUGGGAAACGCGGCGAAAGCGAGAUGAACGGCGCGAUUGCGUGACCGCUCAGAAAACGUUGCAAUGCAUCUUGGCUAGGCCCUCGUAUAAAUAGCGUGUUGUUCUUGGAAGCAGCGGUCAUUUGGAAUAAGCUUAAGCCGGUCAAAUAAAAGAUGCCAUGAAAUAUCGCUUGAUGAGAAGGUCUAAUAGAAACUUCAACUUGUUCAUUUUUGAAAAUAAGCUUGAAUUUCAAAGUCAGGUGCCAAGAAAAAUCAAAAACCUUUGCUAAUUAAAAAAACGGACUAUUCAAAAAUCAAAAGGCAAAAAAUUAGAUUUGUUCGAGCUCCAUCAAAAAAAGAUUCCCCUUAGCUUUUCAAAUCCCUUUUUAAUAAAAACCAUAUCGGAUCAGUAGAUUCGAAUUUUGGGAAAAGGAACGCUCUCUCGAAAAGCCGACUCCCCAUGUUUUCUAAUCGGAAGAACAAACAUCGCACACACUCCAUUGUCUCAAAUCUUUGUACCAAUCACAUUUUCUCAAAAAAAAACUGUCAUGGACAAAAAUUAUUUUCAGAAUAACCAGCUAAAACCAUAUCUACCCAAAAAGUUGUCGUGAACAAAAGAGAAUAAAUAAACUUUUUUUGUAACCAUGACAGAUCAUAUCAAAAUUUCCAAACUGACCACUUGACUCCAAUCAUUAAACAAGCUUUUUUUUGGCUGGUUUCAGAUCUAGUCUUGAAAUAACUCAUUUUUUCAGGCUUCCGAGGCUGAGCUGAAGAAGUUCGCGGCGCUUUUCAAAGACAUCAACAGCGUUCCAUCGACCGGAGCCGACCUCGAAGACGUGCACUUCAUCGUCCCGCGUACUGAGGAGAACCUCAUCUUCGGAAAGAAGGACAAGAGCGGAUUCUUCGCCGCCAAGAUCAAGACUGGUACGCGGCUCUUAUUGAGAGAGAGAGAUACUUUGAAAAAAUGAUAAAAGCUUCUCCGUUUUGCGACAAAUAGAAUCUGAGACUCAAAAAUCGUAUUUUUUUAAAGCACUAAAUGUCUGAAGGUCUGUUAUUUUUCAAAUUCUAUAUGGUCAAGUUGAAAGAAUUUUUCAGCUUUGCUCUAUUUCAAUCAGAGAGGUCUUGUUUGAAUGAGUCGGUUUGAAUGAAAAAAAUGAGAGAAAAAAAAUUUAGAACAGGAGAAGACAAAUUUAAAUUUCGUAAAAAAAAUAUAAAAUCUAGGAAUUUCGUUGCAAAUUUUUUUAUCUUUCUAAAAAAAGUUUCAAAAAACUCUACCUCUUCACAUUAAAAAAAAAGUAUACGAGAAGAUGAAUAAAAUAACAAAUUUCAGUUGAUUAAACCGUAAAAAUUAAAUCAAAUGUCUUGAAAAGCAUUGAAUUUAUGAACAUCAAACGAGAAAGAUUUUUAAAAAGGGACAUAUUUUUAAUUUGAGUUUGCCUGUUAAAAUUGAAAAAAAUCUUGUAAUUUCUUAUUAAAAUCAUCUCUUAAACAAACUUUUUCAACGUUUCUAGCGAUCAUUAUCGCCAUCUACGAGGGCGAAAACGAGGUUACGGCCAGCGUCCGUGCUGCCGUUGAGUACGUCGCCAAGUAUCUCGAGGGACUGGGAUACUAAUUGUGAUGGUGAGGAUUUUUCACAAAUAUAUUUGCUAAGCUUUUAUAGAAACAUAUUUUGCAAACGGAACACAUAAUUUUACAAGGCUGACUGCCCUGAAACAUUGAAUUUUUUUUUCGCGCUUUCGCAACUAUUAGAAACUUGAGUUAACUGCGUUUCACUAAAACCGAUAUUUUUUGUCGAGUUUUGAGGCCUUCCACAAGAUUUUUUACAGUCAAUAAAAAGCUGCAGCUCAAAAUCUAUCCCGUAGAUUUGCAAUUGUUUUAGAUAGAACAUCAAAAAGAGCUUUCUAAGUUUUUGUUGAUAUUAACAUAAAAAUGAACAUCCAAUAGAUCAAUGUUUCAAGUCGUGGUUUGAGUAAUGUUACCACUUUCUCACUCUCAAUAAAGCUUUGUGCUUAUGGUAAAAAAUAUUGAUCAAAAUCACAAUGAAAUCUGCAAAGUACUAAAAUUUUAAUUUCAGUAA